CGCUGAGCAUUUAACUGGACACGCUUAUAAUCAUCGAAGAUUCGAAAGCGUGUUGUCGUUAUAAGCAUCUUGUAUAAAAUUUUCAAUCCACUGUGAACUUUCGUAGUUUUUUUUUUUUUCGCUCGAUAAAACUGAAGUGUACUUUCUUAACAUUGGAAGCAACAUUCUCUGGCCUUCAACGAAUCAACCAUGAGUAACGGCCUUAGCUCUGCCAAGAUUGGUAAUGGUGAAUACGACCGAGUUCCUCUCCUGAUACGAGUCUGAAUUUGAGCUUCCAAUAAGCGGAGAGAAUGAAGCUCCAACGAGAGAGCUUCACUCUGCAAUCUUAGGCGUUUGCCAUGUCAUGCAUUCUCUUGGGAAACAGGCCUUGCUCCUCUCCUCCCAUCGUCAUCUUCCCCUGCUCAUCUCGUCUACAUUCUGCAGUUUCUCCCGAAUCCCUCUCCUUCAAUGCUUGACCGCUUCUUCCUCCCUUUCCCAAACACAGCAAGCUCACGCCCAUCUGUGCAAACUUGGUCUCUGGGAUCAGCUUGCCUCCAGAAUCGUCACUCUGUACGCCCGCCACCAGCGAUACGAAGACUGUCUAUGCGUUUUUGUUGGCGCACUGUCAUCAGGAGUCCUGCCCGACCACUUUGCGUUGCCUUCUGCUAUUAAGUCAUGUUCUGCGUUGUUAGCCCUCAGCGUUGGUCGCCAGAUUCACAACCUUGUGUUCGUAAAUGGGUUCGAUUCUGAUUCAUUCAUUCUGUCUUCUUUGAUCGGUUUCUACGUGAAAUGCGGUGAGCUGCAAGAUGCCCACCGAUUGUUCGGUGAAAUGCCCAUUCGGACUUUGGUUUCGUGGAGUGCACUAAUUGCAGGCUAUGCCCGAAAGGGGCGUGCUGAUGAGGCAGAGUCGCUCUUGAUGGAGAUGAGAGCAGCGGGAAUCGAGCCCAAUGUGGUCACGUGGAAUGGUUUGAUCACCGGUCAUGCACAAAGCGGCUAUUUCUUGAAAGCCGUUACAGUAUUUGCGGAGAUGUUAAGUGAAGGAUUUAAGCCAGAUGGUUCAUCAGUUUCGUGUGUUCUUCCUGCCGUUGGUCAUCUAGAUAGAGUUUUGGUUGGUAAGCAGAUACACGCCUGUGUAAUGAUGAAUGGUCUAGAUUGGGAUAUCUGUGUUGUUAGUGCCCUUGUUGAUAUGUAUGGGAAGUGUAGGUGUAUUGAGGAUAUGCGUGCAGUUUUUGACGAAACGCCUCACAAGGAUGUGGGCUUAUGUAAUGCUCUGGUUUCGGGGUUUUCUCGGAAUGGUCUUGUGGACGACGCACUGAUGGUUUUCAGAGAGAUUGAAAGUCAGGGACUGAAACUGAAUGUUAUCUCGUGGACUUCGAUGGUUGCUUGCUGUUCUCAGAAUGGGAAGGAUCUUGAAGCUUUAGAGCUCUUCCGUGAAAUGCAAAACGCAGGAGUUCAGGCCAACUCUGUGACAAUUCCAUGCUUGUUACCUGCAUGUGCCAACAUAGCAGCAUUGCAGCAUGGAAGGGCUAUUCACUGCUUCUCGCUCAGGCGAUUGAUUGCUUAUGACGUGUAUGUGGGGAGCGCUCUUAUAGAUAUGUAUGCAAAAUGUGGUAGGAUAGCUGAUGCGCAGUCUAUAUUUGAUGCGAUGCCAGUGAGGAACCUGGUUUCCUGGAAUGCCAUAAUCGGUGGUUAUGGAAUGAAUGGGAUGGCUAAGGAAGCCCUGCAGUUAUUUCAAGCAAUGCUGAGAAGCAGGCAAAAACCUGAUUCAAUUACCUUUACCUGUGUUCUCUCUGCCUGUAGCCAAAGGGGGUUGACAGAGGAAGGGCAGCGCUGCUUUGAGAGUAUGUCAAGGGAGCAUUGUAUCCUUGCAAACACGGAGCAUUAUGCAUGCAUGGUUAGCCUCUUGGGGCGUGUAGGAAAGCUUGAUGAUGCAUACUCGUUGAUACUAAACAUGCCAAUGAAGCCAGAUGCUUGUGUUUGGGGAGCCUUAUUAAGUUCUUGCAGAGUCCAUGGUGAUGUUGAUUUGGGUGAGAUUGCAGCAGAGCAUCUGUUUGAGUUGGAGCCAAGGAAUGCUGGGAAUUAUGUCCUUCUUUCCAAUAUUUAUGCUGCAGUGGGGAGGUGGGAUAAAGUAGACAAAGUAAGAGAUAUCAUGAAGAGCAUUGGCUUGAAAAAGAACCCAGGGGGCAGCUGGAUACAAAUUAACAACAUGGUGCACGCAUUGCUAGCAGGAGACAAAUCACAUCCUCAAAUGAAUGAACUCAUAGGGAAGUUGGAAAGCCUAGACAUGGCGAUGAGAAAGGCAGGGUACCUUCCCGAUACUAACUUCGUACUGCAUGACAUAGAGGAACAAGACAAAGAACACAUCCUCUGUGGGCAUAGUGAAAAAUUGGCUGUAGCCCUAGGGCUUCUUAACACACAGCCUGGGAUGCCUCUUCGAAUUAUCAAGAAUCUGCGCAUCUGUGGUGAUUGCCAUUCAGCUAUCAAGUUCAUAUCAAAAUUUGAGCGCCGAGAAAUAUUUGUUCGAGAUACAAAUCGUUUUCAUCGUUUUAAGGAUGGCACAUGUUCCUGUGGGGAUUUUUGGUGAUAUAAUUGGUGGUUGGUGUGGUCCAAUUCCAAGUGAUAUUCCAAAUAACUAUAUCGGCAAGCAGGAAGAGCUUUUCAUAUGUUGGGGGACUGAUGGGAGUGACAGAUUCAGCAUUGUGUGGAACGAACGAGAGUUGUGGAUUCUGCUUACUAGGCUAUGCAACAGUGGGACACAGAGAGAAGAGAGAGAGUUCCAUGUUGAGGCUUUUUCUGUUCUUUUAACCAGGUCCUGCAACUCCACUUCCCUCGGGUUGCCCACGUUGAAACUUUAUAAAAGAUUGAUCAGGUAGGAAAUAAUAAUACUGUGGAUGAUGUCACAUAAGAUAUUCAGAUUAUUUAUGUGAUUAAUUGGCAUUUGCUAAAUGUUACGAGCCCUGGGACUAGGAAUUCCAUGAGCAUGUCAGCCGUUGUUGCUCAGCGGGGAAAGGAAAAAGGACAUACAUCAUCAGUCAAGCAUACAAGUUCCAUAAAGCCUCAUAGAUUUUGAGUGAAAAGUAGCCGUCCAAUGCUUUGAGGGGCUUGAACAGCAAAACUCAUUUUUUCAUGCAGUUCAUGGAAAUUGAUCUGUAACCAGUGAAGUUGUAAACUAAUUAAAAGAACUCCUUAUGCUUG